GUCAUAAAACCCAAAAGACAGAAGACUUUUUCAUCACUUCCUUCACAUUCUUCAAUCUUCAGCCAUAGACGAAGAAAAAAAGAAGAGAUGAAUCAAAACAUGAGCUCUUUGUUGAUCGGAAUAGUUGGAGCAGCAGUGACUUUAUCAGCAUAUUCGCAGACCUUCGUCUCCCCAACUCAGUGUGUCACUGUUGGUCUCCUCGUUCUCAUGUUUGGUUUGCUCGUCAGGGAAGGCCUCAUCUCUCUCUAAUCUUCUUUUUUUCUUCCAUGGACUUGAGAAUCCCAGAUUUGCAGUUUGACUUGUUUCAAUAUUAUAUUAUGAUUUUCUUCUUUAGCAAGACUGAGAUUUAUAUACACACAUAUAUAUAUAUAUAUCUGGUGUUGUAAUUCUGUA